UCCAUAGACUAAUACCAAGAAUACAGCCAUUUUUGUUUACGUGCAACUACAGUUCUUACUACCAAAAAGAUGACUCCAUCUCUUUGCUUCUCUCCCACAAGAAACUUAGCAAGAGGAGGAGGAGGAAAACGUGAAGCUUUUCUUCCUUUACUUCACAACUCUCAUCUCUACUUAUGUAGACAUAAUUCUUCUUCAUUUUUUAGUGAUACUCACAUCUUCAAAAGAGAAGAUAAGCAUGGUUGCAGUACACUACUUUUCAAAGCACAACCGCCGAAGUCUUUCUUUCUAAAUCUUAGACCAAGAAAUCUUAAAUUUAUCAACCCAUCGGCAACUCUAUCGUCUUUUGCUGAAGCCGGAGAUGAAGGAGAAGAACUGCAAGAAACAAAUAAUCGAUCCGGAAUGGCCAAGGCUUUUAAUAUUUCAUCUAAUACAGCGUAUGCGAUUUCAAUAUGCAUUGCUGUUGCAGCUCUUACUCUUCCAUUUUUGAUGAAGACGUUAUCGCUGAACUUGAGUCUGAAGACCAAGGUGCUGUCAUAUGUAACACUUUUAUUUGGGUUUUACAUGGCUUGGAAUAUUGGAGCAAAUGAUGUUGCAAAUGCUAUGGGAACUUCGGUGGGGUCAGGUGCACUAACUUUGCGGCAAGCAGUAAUGACGGCAGCGGUACUUGAAUUCUCGGGGGCAUUAUUAAUGGGGACUCAUGUUUCAAGUACGAUGCAGAAAGGUAUAGUUGUUGCUAGUGUUUUUCAAGGGAAGGAUUCAUUGUUGUUCAUUGGCUUGCUUUCUUCUCUGGCUGCAUCUGGUACUUGGUUGCAGAUUGCAUCAUACUAUGGUUGGCCGGUCUCCACCACACAUUGCAUUGUAGGAGCAAUGGUAGGGUUUGGUCUUGUAUAUGGGGGGGUUGGUGCUGUCUUUUGGAGCUCACUAGCUCGUGUGGUUUCAUCGUGGGUUAUUUCCCCUGUAAUUGGAGCAGUUGCUUCAUUUCUCGUCUACAAAUGCAUCCGCAGGUUCGUAUAUAGCGCGCCAAAUCCAGGACAAGCCGCCGCCGCUGCUGCACCCAUUGCUGUCUUUGUAGGUGUUACAGGGACUUCCUUUGUAGCUUUUCCACUUAGCAAAAUUUGGCUUGUGGCCAUUGCCCAGGCCCUGGCUUGUGGAACUAUAGGUGCAGUGUUAGUUAGCAAGGUUAUCCACAAGCAACUUGGCCACCUCCUGGAAAAAUCUGAAUUAUCAGCAGAAGAACCAGAUAAGCUUGAUAACAGUAGCAACAUUGGGCUCCUCAGCGAAGUUGCAGGGCCAACUGGAACUCAACUCAAGAUUGUCUAUGGAGUCUUCGGAUACAUGCAAGUUCUAUCAGCCUGCUUCAUGUCCUUUGCUCAUGGAGGGAACGACGUCGCGAAUGCAAUAGGUCCAUUGGCUGCUGCAUUAUCUAUUCUUCAAGGAAAUGCCAGUGGAGCUGAGAUUGUAAUUCCUAUUGAUGUUCUUGCUUGGGGAGGAUUUGGAAUUGUUGCAGGGUUGAUGAUGUGGGGAUAUAGGGUCAUGGCAACAAUUGGAAAUAAAAUUACGGAGCUGACACCAACUAGGGGAUUUGCUGCCGAAUUUGCAGCGGCUUUAGUAGUUCUAUUUGCGUCAAGAUUGGGACUUCCAAUCUCGGCUACACAUACUCUCGUGGGCGCAGUGAUGGGUGUUGGGUUUGCAAGGGGAUUGAACAGUGUGAGAUCCGAGACGGUUAAAGAAAUUGUCACUUCUUGGGCUGUUACCCUUCCGGUUGGUGCAGCUCUAGCUGUUUUAUACACAUGGAUCUUGUCGAAACUUUUAGCAAAUCUACUUUGAUAUGUACAUUAAAUGAAGAUUAAAACCAAAACAGGGAGACAACAAGAAAAUAAUUGUCUCUUUUUGAAUUUUGUAGAAAGAUUUUCUCUUUUUACAAGUAUAAACUAAUACAACCGUUGUCACGGUGAAAGGGCACCGAAGAACUUGAGGGCCAAU